GGAACUGCAGCGGCCAUUUGCUCCGAGCGUCUCGUCAGCCGCGUCUUGCCUUUUCCUUCUCCCUCAAGGUUCCUCCGCUCCCUUCAUGACCAGUCCAUUCUCUUGCAUCCGUCCCGUAACAUUUUCCUGCUGACCAUCUCACCUGUGACGGCAACAUUCCUCCAUUCACUGUCAGAAUCCAACAUGUCCCAGGUCGAAGAUGAUCAGUACAGUGAUGCUCCCGACACAUUUGAGGACGAACGAUACGAUGAUCUUCCACGAGGCAUUGAGGAGGUUGAGGUCCGCAAUGUAGAAUCGCCGCACAAAGCGAUUACAGAUGUCAUUACCGCCGAAGAGGACAAGGAGGAAACCAGGCCUUUACUUGAAUCUAGUCAUGGCGCUUCUCUGUCUACUACCGGGGAAGUAGAGCAGACUUCAGAUGCUGCUAGCGCCCACAGCGUUCCUGCUGUACAGGUAACACAUCGUCCAGAUCCUCUUGAAACACAGCGUCGGCUACAAACAGCGUCACCAUCUGCCAGGUCUGCCCGCCCACCUCCACCUUCCCCUGCUCGCAGUAGCCACUCUGUGCGACCUAGUACAGCUUCGGACGAUCGCAGGGUACGACGUCGGUCAAUAACUGAGGUUCGCGCUUCCAACCGUUUAUCUGAUUUUUUCAAUAACCUCAUGCAUCGCCGUGAUCCUGUUGCCCACACCGAUGACACACUCUGUGAAGAACGACGUUCUACCGUUCAUGGCAAAAAGAAUGACACUUCCCGACCACCGACUCCUCCUGGACGGUCAACAACACCUCCACCUGAUCUACCCCCUCCUUCCCUCCAAGAGCUUGGGCUCUCCCUGUCGGUGCUCACUUCCGAUCUUUCUCCUUCACAUUUCAGCACACCUCCUGCCAGUGGCGCAUUUCUCUCCCCUCACUAUCUCCUCCUUUGCCACGCGCAAGGAUUGGAUGUCCUUCCCCUCAUUUCACCUCCUGCGCCACAGCCCUAUGCACUUGUUCGUCGAGUGAGUUUCAAGAGUGUUGUAGUUAUGGAACAGCGCGGAGUGUUGGUUGCCAUAGCUGGCCGCCGCGAUGGCGUGCGGGUCUAUGCCCUGGAGGAGGUCAAGCGAGCAGUGGAAUGGCGUAUUGAGGUGGAGUUGCGCAGGGAACGCGAAAGGCAGCGUAGAGAGACCUCCAAAAAAUUCCCUUCAGGCGUUCGGGACGCAGCAGAACCUCGCGAUUCCACUGAGAAUUUGCGUAGGCCUUUUUCAUCGACGUCUCCACCAGGAGACUCUCAUUCGGCUAAAGUGUCAAAUGGACACCUUACUUCGUCUCCUGCGGUCCCACUGAUACCUCGCACCCCAACAACUCACAGACGCCAGAAGACGCGAAUGCCAUCCGUACCGCCAUCUGGCCAUCCUCCUCCUUACACUUCUCCAUCACCGGAACGACUUGCUAGUCAAGUCGCCAAUCUAUCUCCUCCCCGUUCUCGUUCAAGGGGUGCGUCUGUUUCUGAUGUUUUGACAGCCGGUUCUAUUCGGCGCAACACAAACGCCACAGUGCGACCCGAGGGUCCGGACGCCAAGGCUGACUGGGUCGAGUCAAGCGAUGAUGAAGCUAUCAGUUUAGUAGCUGCUGGUUCCAGUGGCAGUCAGGCCCUUGAUGAGCGCACGAGUGCUGCUGCUCAGACUUCGUCGACUAUUCCAGUGCAUACGACCCCGCGCCACCCUCGUCCAAUGUCUAUGUCACGAAGUAAUCGACCUGCAAAUUUAGAUUUAACUAUAUCCCGCUCGAAUACAGUGGUGCCUCCUGAACCUUCUCCUGCUCCCACUCUUCUAACUUUGCAACAGGCUUUGUCCCAUUCGCCGUCUCGAGAACCCCACGCCCGCCUGCCAAGCACACCACUAGGCGACGACGACGACGACGACGCCGAUGGAAUCAGCCUUAGCCAAGUACUACAAGAGAGCCGUAUACCUGAUCUACCCCCUCCAGGAUCCAGACAACCCCAGCAACCCAUAUUGAUCUCUUCAUCUCAUCCUGUCUCUGCAGGAGAUGAUGAGCCCUCCAGUCCUCGGACAUCUGACGCUCACUCUUCGGUCUCUGUCAGAAGCUUCAAUGAUAGGUCGCUUCCUGGACGUCGACGCCGGUGGUCGGUCAUUAUUAACCAGUCGAGUGAGUCAAAUUUGGUCAAUGAACAGCAACCUUCCACCGCCCCACCCAUGAGAGAGCGUUUGCCAAACCUCUUAACGCGGUCCACAUCUUUUCGUUCCAGUCGAUCUACUUCAGGGAUGAGACCAUCUUCAUCUCCCAAUGAUGCGUUAUCUCUUCCUAGCCCCAAUCCACCACCACCGAUGCCCGAUUCAGCCCCUUCUGUAAUAUCUUCCCACUCUUCUCGGACGUCCCGUUUCAUUCCCAGAAUAUUUAGCAGCGCUUUUCAUCAUAGACGAACAGACGAGAGACCGUCGUCACCAUCAGGGAUUCCUGACGAGAGUUCCAAGCGGACCCUGGGAGCACCUCUCGUGGCCCAAUCACCGCCUCCUAAAUUGGAAUACGUCAAACUUCCCGGAACUAAAGGUGCUUUAUUGGUCAAGGCCGUAGAGACUGCCAAGAAAAGUUUUUUGGCGAUACUGUGCGGAGACAACGGCGAACGAGUUGAACUAUUUGCUGGGACAUAUCGUACCGCUCUGGGUUUAUCCAGAACCUUCAUACUCCCCGAUUCUCCCCGAUCAUUGGAACUGCAGCUACAGGGCGAUGAUUUGGUUGAGGUCUUCCUGGUUUUCUCCCAAAACGUUUUUGGGUUGGAGCCCGCAACCGUUCGGGUUCGAGAGGUUCGUAUUGGGCGAGCAGAGCGGCGAGCGGCGAGGCGGCGAGCUCGUGAAGUACGAGCAACUGAUGCAGGAGCCAAUGAAUCUGAACCUCACGUCGGAGAGGAAGAUACCAAUGUGAAUGUCAGUAUCGGCGUCUCGGUAGCUGUCGGUUCUACCGUCGUUGCCACGGGUUCUGGACCUGAUGGUCAACAAACGCCUCCCCUGAUCUCAAGCCAGCAUCCCAUGCAUCCAAUAGAUAGACGAACGGCUUCUGAGUCGGCAACAGAACGGCCAUCGACUCCACCUGAAACAACGACAACUUCAACUGUCGCACAUCCUGAGGAAAUCGUCGCUCUUGCCACUGCACAAAUGGGUCCGUACACGACAUUUCAGCAAUUGUCGUUUGCUCCUAAGUUUCCCCUUGCAUCCAUCGCGGACGAAUAUGUCAUUCCUCCGACGUAUCCAGAAUUCAUCGACUAUCGCAACGAGCAUGAACCAGAAAUGGGGAGUGGGUCCGACCUCUCACAAGUUCAAUUCUCCCCUCCUGGUUUGCCAAUUCCAACACCGUCUGCCCCGUCGAAAUGGUAUUACCGGGACCCGAAGAAUAUCAUUCAUGGACCAUGGAAGGCUUCGUUAAUGCAAGCAUGGUAUAAGGAUGGUCUAUUGCCUCCUGAUUUACCAGUUCGUCGAGAAGAAGACUCCGAUUUCAUGCUCCUCAAGGACUUGAGAUUACAGAGUGUUGAUCCUACUCAUCCAUUCCGGACCGUCUCUCCACAAGUACAGGAUAUUUCGCCUCCUCCCUUAUUCCAACCUUCUGAUAAGCCUUUGCUGAAACCUAUAUCACUUCUUUCGCAACCUCGGCAUUUUGGUCCUCCUGCACUCUUCUUUUCUUCACGCGGUGGACAUAGCACCACAAUCGUCGAUAAUCGCGGGCGAUCUGUCUUGAAGGGGCGCUUUGUUUGGAGCAAGGAUGCGCAGGAGGAUUCAAAGCAUGCGACGCCAUUCAGAAUGGGAGACGUGAAACGUCUGGAGGCUUUUGAUGUCAAAGAUCGUUCCGUACUCGUGGCCAUGCGUCAAGGUGGGCUCGAAGCAGUCGAUCUCAGUGAUGCGUUGCUGAAACCAGGGGAUGAGUCGCGAACGGCCUUACCCCAAUAUAACCCUUCGUCGUCCAAUUUCAAUCGGCGGGGACCUUUCGUUUGGAAAAUUGGCACGCCCAUUUCAGGAUCUUCGUCUUCAGCGGUGCUCCCAUCAAAACCUAAAAUAUCUCACUACAGCCAUUACACAUCCGGGAAGAAGACCAGUUCUGGUCCAUCCAAGUCACCGGCUGGGCGAACGGAAUUCAAUGUUGGGCAUAUCGAGAGUGAAAUGAACGAUGAGGUUUUGUUUUUGGGUAGAAAGGAUGAUGAGAUUUAUAUUUGCGAACGAAAUGCGGGUUCUUUCCGAAUCCUACGACUUUGUCCUAACGUCUAAAUGGUAGUGGACAUGCAGCACUCAGUAUAUUACUAGC